GCAGGUACCUUCCGGAUAAGCUGAAGGUGGGAGUUCCCCACCCCUCCCCAGAGGAGGGCAGUGGGCCCCAACCCAGGACUUCCGUUUCCGGCAGAGGAGAAACGAGACAGGGAGCAGGCCUGGUCCGGCUCUGGCUCUCUGCCUCUCCUCGUGCUCACGGCCUCUCCCAGCCUGGUGCUAAGCAGUGUCAUGAGUCUGGACCAGGUGGGAGAUUAACUCUUGGGUGUGGGAGCACUUCAGGGCAGGGAGGGGGAGGAAUGAUAGGUCCAAGGUUACUGACAGAGGGGGGCAGCUGCCAUCCUGGACAGAUACCCUCGUCUUAAGAAUCCGUGACAGAGAGAGCCAGGAAGCCCCACUAGAAAAGACCAAGCGAAGGGGGCAGCUGGGCGCUCCUGGCUGGUGCCAAGCCCUGGCUUCAACCCGCAGGCCCAGCUUCCCUGGCUCCUCCUCCCCCACGCCCCCGCCAGCCCCACAUGCACUUAAUACUUCUGGCAGCCAGUCCACCCGCCACGGACUUUGGCCUUAGCUGUAGCUAGUGUGGGAGCCUGGGAAGACCUGGACCACAAGUUUCUCAAGCAAAACAAAAGGAGCAGCUUCAGGUGCUAUAGUAUCUGCCAACAGCUUUCCCCUGAGGAGGUCACCUGGGCUCCAGCCAUGUGGCUGCCUCUGCUGCUGGCUGUCUUGCUCUGGGCAGCACUGUGGUUGCUCAGGGACCGGCAGUGCCUGCCGGCCAGCGAUGCUUUUAUCUUCAUCACCGGCUGUGACUCGGGCUUUGGGCGGCUCCUUGCUCUGAGGCUGGACCAGAGAGGCUUCCGAGUCCUGGCCAGCUGCCUGACACCCUCGGGGGUGGAGGACCUCCAGCGGGUCGCCUCCUCCCGCCUCCACACCACCCUGCUGGAUGUCACAGAUCCCCAGAGCGUCCGGCAGGCAGCCAAGUGGGUGGAAACGCAUGUUGGGAGAACAGGGCUGUUUGGUCUGGUGAAUAAUGCUGGUGUGGCUGGCAUCAUUGGGCCCACCCCAUGGCAGACACGGGAGGACUUCCAGCAGGUGCUGAAUGUGAACACACUGGGUCCCAUCGGGGUCACCCUCGCCCUGCUGCCCCUGCUGCUGCAGGCCCGGGGCCGAGUGAUCAACAUCACCAGUGUCCUUGGCCGCCUGGCAGCCAAUGGAGGGGGCUACUGCGUCUCCAAGUUUGGCCUGGAGGCCUUCUCUGACAGCCUGAGGCGAGACGUGGCUCCUUUUGGGGUACGGGUCUCUAUCGUGGAACCUGGCUUCUUCCGAACCCCUGUGACAAACCUGGAAACUCUGGAGGACACCCUGCAGGCCUGCUGGGCACGGCUGCCUCCAGCCACACAGGCCCUCUAUGGGGAGGCCUUCCUCACCAAAUACCUGAGAGUGCAGCAACGCAUCAUGAACAUGAUCUGUGACCCGGACCUGGCCAAGGUGAGCAGGUGCCUGGAGCACGCCCUAACUGCCCGCCACCCCAGAACCCGCUACAGCCCAGGCUGGGAUGCCAAGCUGCUCUGGUUGCCAGCCUCCUACUUGCCAGCCAGCGUGGUGGAUGCUGUGCUCGCCUGGGUCCUUCCCAAGCCUGCGCAGACGGUCUACUAAAUCCAGCCCUCCAGCAAAAGACAGUUGUUCAAGGCAAGGACUCUGAUUUAUUCUGUCCCCCCACCCUGGUACUGCCUGGUGCCUGGCAUAAAACAGUCACUCAAUAAAUGUGUAUUAUUCAAAACAAAAAACACUGUGGGUGGGCAGAAAUGAAGGUGCACAGUGGGAGUUCAGUUCAGUCACUCAGUCAUGUCUGACUCUCAGUGACCCCGUGAAUCACAGCACGCCAGGCCUCCCUGUCCAUCACCAACUCCCAGAGUCCACCCAAACCCACGUCCAUCGAGUCGGUGAUGCCAUCCAACCAUCUCAUCCUCUGUCAUCCCCUUCUCCUCCUGCCCUCAAGCUUUCCCAGCAUCAGGGUCUUUUCAAAUUAGUCAGCUCUUCGCAUCCGGUGGCCAAAGUAUUGGAGUUUCAGCUUUAGCCUCGGUCCUUCCAGUGAACACCCAGGACUGAUCUGCUUUAGGAUGGACUGGUUGGAUCUCCUUGCAGUCCAAGGGACUCUCAAGAGUCUUCUCCAACACCACAGUUCAAAAGCAUCAAUUCUUCAGCGCUCAGCUUUCUUUGUAGUCCAACUCUCACAUCCAUACAUGACCACUGGAAAAACCAUAGCCUU